UGUACUUGUGUAGAUGCAGCAAGUUAGUCAUUCGAAAAAGUCAACAGUAGGAAGACUUGAACAUCCAUGGUAAAUACUAAAUAGAGUAAACCAUGUAUUUAUAAAAGCAAUAUAGUUUUAUUGAAUUUGAAUAUUUCAAAUUUACCCAUAAAAAUUGAAGAGAAUUAAUCAAAAUUAUCAAGUAAAUACUGCAAGAAACUAAUAUAAUGAUUUAGUAGGAAGGUAAUAAUAAAUUAAUAAUUCAUGAAGAAGCACGAGAAAGAAGGAGUAUUCUCUGGAACAUUUUAGAAGUUUUCCUGAAAUUCGUUUUCUCCUACAAUUUCAUGCAAGUGCGAGAAUCAUCUUCUCACCCAUAUAAAUAAGCAUGCUCCUCCUUCACAAUUCCUCACCAAAUAUUUUCAGAGUUUUCGCAAUCGAAUAGAGAUCAAUAAAAAAUAAAAAAUUAAUUCAGACAAGCAAUUAACAUCUUUCACUUCAUAAAAAAACUGAAAUAAUGUCUCUGAUUCCAAGCUUAUUCGGCAAUGGCCGCCGGAGCCACGUGUUUGAUCCAUUUUCGUUGGACAUUUGGGAUCCAUUCUGGGGCUUCCCCACCUCCGCCGGAGAAACAACCGCCGUGGCCAACGCUCGGAUCGACUGGAAAGAAACGCCGGAGGCCCACUUUUUCAAGGUGGAUGUUCCCGGACUGAAGAAAGAGGAAGUGAAGGUUGAGGUUGAAGAUGGGAAUAUUCUUCAGAUCAGCGGAGAGAGAAGCAAGGAGAAAGAGGAGAAGAACGACAAGUGGCACCGCGUCGAGAGGAGCUCUGGCAAGUUCAUCCGCCGAUUCAGGCUGCCGGAGAAUGCGAUAUUGGAGGAGGUGAAGGCGGCGAUGGAGAAUGGUGUGCUGACUGUGACGGUGCCGAAGGAGGAGGUGAAGAAACCUGAGGUUAAGUCCAUUGAUAUCUCUGGUUAAGAAAUCUGUUUUGUGAUUUAGUGUGAUGUAAUUGGAUUCGAAAAAGUACCCAAGUUUGAAGUGUGUUUUUCAUUUUUCUACUUUA